AUGCUCAGAAUGUCACUCGGGGGUGAUGGAGGAUCCGUCGAUGUUGUCCUUGACAACCGCCAAGCUUCCCGUCAGGCUGACGAGAAGAGACAGCGCAACGCUGGGGCGUCCGCCCGCUUCAGGAAGCGCAAGAAGGACCAGAUUGGGGCUCUGGAAUCGGAGAACGUGGAUCUUAAAAGUCAGAUGCAAGUUCUGGUGCAAGAAAGGGAGUGGUUCCGCGCUGAAAGGGAUCGUCUGCGCAACCUGCUACUUCAGACGCCUCUAGCUGAGCAUGCCGCGGGGCCGAAUAGCCCAGUCAUUGCUGCAGAGUCUGCAUAUGGCUCGGAAGCAAACCUCUCCAACCAGACAGGCUCAGCGGCGCAGGCACUCCAGGGCUACGGUUCGGGCGACUCAUCGGGGGAGAGGCCGGCUCGUAGGCGAAGGACAAGCGCGACGCCGACGUUCACGACUCCAUCAUACGGAACGCCGAACUCGACGCCGACCAGUCUGCCUCCGAUCAACACACCAAUGUACAGCGGCAUGGCCAACUCUCCCUCGAUGAGGCCUGGCGAGAGGCUUCCACCCCUGCGUGCCGUUGAAGGCCACAUGGGGCCCACGUCUGCGAAUGUACCGAGGACAUCGCCGCCUGGCAUGGCGCAUGCAAGCCAUGCCAGGGUCCAACAUGAAACAGGCUGGGCAAGCCAAUCUUCAGGCCCGCCUGGGCCACCCGGCUCUCAAGGCUUCCCGCCGCACCCUGGACGGUGA